AUCCUGCUUCAAUCUCCACCUCGGGUUGUUUAGUUGGGCUUCAACACCUCAGACAAAGACCCAGAGUUGACAGGAAAGGGAGGAAAACCAUGGGGCAAAUUUCCUUUGUGAGUUUCGGUUUGCUGAUUGUGGCCAUCUCUCUGAGUGGAGUGAAAGGCUGUUGCUGUCCCGAUAAUUGGCUGCCCAUGAAUGGGUUUUGCUACAAGCUCAACGAUCAACUCAAGACCUGGAAUGAAGCAGAGAUGUUCUGCAGGAAAUUAAAGCCAGGCUGCCACCUCGCCUCCAUCCACAACAUGGCAGAGUCAGCUGACUUGGCUGAGUAUGUCUCUGACUAUCUCACAAAGAAGGACAGUGUCUGGAUUGGGCUGAAUGAUGCCCAGAAGAAAGGUGUCUGGGUGUGGACAGACAGAUCCUCCACCAACUACCUAGCCUGGGGUGAAGGAGAGCCCAACAACCAGCAGAAGAAUGAGUAUUGUGUUGAGCUCAUAGCCAAGACAGGUUUCAAGUAUUGGAACGAUCAUCCUUGUGAUGUCUUGCGUGCUUUCAUCUGUGAGUGCAAAUACUAG